CGUAGAACACAGCGGAAGUUGGAAUUAGUAAGAUACCACUGUUGAAAUUUAAUAUCACAUUGUCAGCUGGUGGUAGAACUUAUCAAAGCCUUUAACAAUAUUUAUAGCAUUUCACUUUUCCAAUAGCUAUUUUCAGUCUUAAUUCAUUCACUGAAAGGUGAGAAUAAUAAUGGGAAAGAAAAGUAAAAAGAAUAAAGAAAAGCCAGCUGCAGCUUCUCCUGAACAUAAGGAAUUAUCAAAAGGUGAAAAGAAAGAAGUCUUGGAUACAGUCAAUCAACUAUUAGAAGUUUGUUCCAAUCCUGUGAAUGCAGCUGGUCCAAAAGAGUUGGAGGAGUAUAUGAAGAUCAAGGCUCUAGUUGAUAAACUGAUAAAUUUACAGUCAGUUCUAGGUACUCCUGCAGUAGACAGAGAGAAGAACUUCCCAGGCUUUACAGAAUGGUUACAUAGUAAUGGGGUAGAAACAAGUGUGGUAGAGAUAAAGAACUUCCCUGGAUGUGGAUAUGGCUUGCAAGCCACCAAAGAUCUCAAAGAGGCUGAUCCAUUUUUAACCAUACCUAGAAAAGUCAUGAUGACAACACAAACAGCCAGGGAUUCAGUAUUGGGGCCAUUAAUAGGACAAGAUAAAAUGUUACAAGCCAUGCCCAGUAUACUACUAGCACUACACCUGCUCUGUGAGAAGAAGAUACCUGAAUCAUUCUGGAAACCUUAUAUAGAUGUAUUACCAGAUUCAUAUUGUACACCACUCUACUUUACAGAGGAUGAAAUCAAACUUUUGAAAGGCUCUCCUGUACAAAGUGAUUGUUAUAAUCAGUUAAAAAACAUAGCAAGACAGUAUGCCUACUUUUACAGAUUAUUUCAGAAUUUGCCAACAACAUCAAAGCUGCCAAUAAAAGACUGCUUUACUUUUGAUGAUUACAGAUGGGCAGUUUCUACAGUUAUGACCAGACAAAAUCAGAUCCCUACACCAGAUGGCAGUAAGAUCACAUUUGGUCUGAUACCAAUGUGGGAUAUGUGUAAUCACUGUAAUGGAACAAUAACAACAGAUUACAACUUAGAAUCAGACUGCAGUGACUGUUUUGCUUUGAAGGAAUUUAAACAAGGUGAACAGAUCAGUAUAUUUUAUGGGGCCAGAUCAAAUGCUGAGUUACUAGUACAUAAUGGAUUUGUUUACCCAGAGAAUGAUAUGGAUAGAACAGCUAUUAAAUUAGGAAUUAGUAAAAGUGAUAGCCUUAUUGACAAAAAAACCAAAUUAUUAACAGCUCUUGGUUUAGCUCCGUCCAGAAUGUUCUUUAUUUACUCAGGGGAAAUCCCUGUAGAUCCACACCUUGUAUCUUUUCUUAGAGUAUUUAAUAUGACGGAAGAUGAAAUCUCCUGUUAUGACUGUGAGAACAUGACAGAAGAAGACCUAGAAAAGAUGGGUGAUGUCAACACACCAAUUAAUGUGGAGAAUGAAGAAAAAUUGUGGAAAUUUUUAGAAACAAGACUGGCAUUGUUACUGAGGGCUUAUGAUACCACAGCGGAGGAGGAUACCAAUCUGUUAAUGGAAUCUGGUAUACCAGACAAUAAACUAUUUAUAAUACAGUUAAGGAGAUGUGAGAAAAUUAUUCUGCAGAACGCUGUUAAAUUUGCUACUGAGAAAAAAUGUGACAUUAUUCAAAAUUCAAAGGACAACAUAGAGACUGAAUCUAAAGAGGAAAAUGUGGGAACUUAAGUUUCGUUAUAAAAUGUGUAUUUUAUUUUAAAAUAAAUCUAAUAUAGCAAGAUAAGCAGCUACAAAUAUACAAACACUGGGAAGUGGUUAAAUUAGUUGUUACUUAUUUCAUUGUUUGUGGAAAAUUAAUUGAAAAAUCAGUUUGAUAGAGAAUAUGCAUUUCAAUGGGUUAAAAAAUUUGCAGUUUUGAAUGACCACGAAGUCUGAGAAAAUUUGUAUCACAAAAAUUACCUGUAAACUACUUUCAGGGUACAGUGAAACCAUCUUAAUGGAACACUUGGGUGAGGACAUGCUAUAAAUAUUAUCAAGAGAUUGUGAUUAUGUUUACCAAGUGGACUCAUCUAAGGCAGUUCUUUAUUAGUUGGCACAAAAAUCUUGAUAAAAACAAUUAUGUACAAAUUAUGGUUUCAGUAGUUUUAAAAAAUAUAGUAUAUCAGAAUGUGAAUGAAAAAACAUGUACACUUCACUAGAAAAUUUGUUAGAUCUUCUUCCAAAAACAAAAUGUCUUUUUAAAUCUCUUAUCAGAUAUCUAUGCCAAUUUAUUUUUGGUUUUGUUCAUAUUUAGUUUUGUUAAUCCAUUUUUUCCAAAAUCAAAAACUUUUAUGUUAAAGAAACUUGUUAGUUCAUACAAGUACAAAUGUAAUUUCAUAUCGAUUUGAUAAAACUAUUUAGAAGUUUAACAAAAAGUCUUUCAACAGUUGAUUCCAUGCAUGACUUCAAAUAAACUAUCUCCUGAAUCAAAACUUUUGUGUGCAAUUUUUUUUUUUAUGUUUGUAUUCAAAAACAACAAAAAUGUUCAACAAACGGUGAAUUUUGCUUUGAUUAGUUUCAGGAAGAAUUUAGGAAUCGGAGUUUAUUCCACAAAUCAUGAAUUGUAACCAUGAAUAAAAGUGUUAUUAAAGUAUUUCAUUACUGUGGCAAGAUGGAUUGUUAUCAUGAUUGUGCAAUAAUUUUUAUGAAGGAAUUGUAUAAUAAAACCUUUGCUUCAA